AUGUAUCUCUCUGUGAAACUGUCUAUAUAUUUUUCAAUAUCUAUCUAUCUAUCUAUCUAUCUCUCUAUGUAUCUCUCUGUGAAACUGUCUAUAUAUUUUUCAAUAUCUAUCUAUCUAUCUAUCUAUCUAUCUAUCUAUCUAUCUAUCUCUUUUUCAAUAUGUAUCGGUCUGCCUAUGAUAAACUGUCAAUCUGUCUAUAUAUUUUUCAAUAUUUAUCUAUCUAUUUAUCUAUCAAUCUGUCUGUCUAUUUUUCUAUCUAUCUAUCUAUCUAUCUAUCUAUCUAUCUAUCUAUCUAUGCGUGCAAUUCAGAUGAUAGUUUAUAUUCGUAAUUGUGUUUCCAUCUAUCUAUCUAUCUAUCUAUCUAUCUAUCUAUCUAUCUAUCUAUUUUUGCUUCUGUCCAAAUCAGUUAAAAUUAAAUUAAUAUCGUCAGUUGAUUUCGGAGAUUUGUUAAAAACAUAA